AUGCUUAAUCAAGUUGAGAAUAGUAUAAAUAUACAAGAUCUAACAAUAGAUAUUUUGCAAGAUAAUAAUACAAGUAUUGAUGAUUAUAAUAAAGUAUUGCUUGAUGAGCUGUUACUUGAAGAACUUUCUGAAAAUAUUAAAAAUCUUAAUUUUUCUGACCUGAUACAAGUAGAAGAGUACCUAGAUAUCUUUGAAGAGAAUAUUGUUUAUGAAGUUUUUAAAAAGGAUCAAAUUAUUUCUGAUUUUGUAGAAACCUUUAGAGAGAAACCUGACGAAAUAAAAAAUGAAGAUUCUGAAGAAGCAGAUAAUAGUGUUAAAAAAGAAAUUGUUAACCCAAAUGAAGCUUUAAAGAGCCUGGAAAAUUACUACAUAUACAAUCGCACAAUCGAACAACAAUCAA